AUGGACUCCGCAUCAGGUACUCUCAACUCAUCUUCUUCUCGCACGAAAAAGCCGCUUCCUAGCAAUUCCGUUCAACCGUCGGUUGAACAAGAAUCUACACCGGCGCUCACCGCUUCCGAUCUCGGAGGCACCCUUGUACCACAGACUGCCGAGGAACUGGCUGAGCUUUCCACCGAGUCAGAUGACGAAGACGGCGAAGUAAAUGGUUCUGGCUCUAAACGGCGUAAAGGAAGAAGCAAAUCAACCCAGCCGCGACGUCAAAUCAAGAUUGAGUACAUCCAAGACAAGAGCAGAAGGAAUAUAACCUUUGGCAAGCGCAAGAACGGUAUUUUUAAAAAGGCGAAUGAGAUAUCGGUCCUGACAGGAUGUGAAGUGAUGCUGAUUGUGGCACCUAAAGAUAGUGAUCACAAAGCGUAUACUUUUGCAACACCCAAGCUCCAGCCCAUGGUCACCGAGUCUGCUGGCGAAACCUACAUUCAAAACUGUUUAGUAAGCCCCAUUUUGCUGUUCCGCUUAUGGACAUGCAGCGCAUUUAUGCUUACGUAUGAUGUGUAUAUCUCUUACAGCGUUAUGGUGCACUCAUGCCUGGUGCGCCCUCAGGUAUGA